CUUCUUCUUCCUUCUCCUCUAUUGAUCGCUCCCGCGGCCCGUCUUCUUGUUCCAGCAAAAUACGUCUCUUCAUCGCCAAAAACUUCACACCGUUUCUCUGCCGAUCCAACUGUUGUGACGCCUUUUCCUCUGCUAGCGAUGCUAGCCUCCGUUACCUUCUUAAGCAGUCUGUGCUCCUAGGGUUUCGGUUGAGCGAAUUUGUGGAACGCGAGUUUGACGAAGAAUCGACGAGCGAAUUUCUCGUUAAGCUUUGUUCAUCAGUUGCUCUGGGACUGAGGGGAUAGACAUUAUUGAGAAUGCAGAGCACAGACGAUGAGGUGAAGCAGAGGCAGCUGGUGGAUGCUAGGGCAAGAAACAUCAGCCAUAAUGUUCGCUGCACUGAGUGUGGAAGUCAGUCCAUUGAAGAUUCUCAAGCAGAUAUUGCCAUUCUCCUUAGGAAGUUAAUUCGUGAUGAGAUUCGAGGCGGAAAGACCGACAAAGAAAUUUAUAAGAAACUUGAAGAUGAUUAUGGGGAGACUGUUCUUUAUGCCCCGAAGUUCGAUAUGCAGACUGCUGCUGUGUGGCUAUCACCACUUCUAGUUGCAGGUGCUGCUGCAGGAGUAUGGGCUUACAACAAGCACAGGCAAAGGACUAAUGUGCAUAUCAUGGCUUUGAAUCUUAUUAGAGGGGUUCCGUUGACACCCAAAGAGAAGGAAAUGAUGCUCGACAUCCUCACCCCUCCCCAAAGCACUAGAACACCUUCCUCCUGGUGGACGAGGUGGAGAGGUCAAUGAUCUCUCCCCCCGCCCACCCUCCCCCUCCCGCUCCCCCUCCCCCUCCCCCUCCCCAUUCCCCCCAACAAUAGUAGCUGUUAUUUAUCCUAUUUGUGUUGGAAUUGUUAUGGAAAGAUUGAGAAUCAUACUGUUGUCAGUUGAAGGUUUUCAUCACAA